GGAGAGGACUGAAGAAGGUUUCCAGGAACUCCAAUUUCUCGAGCCAACUAAACCCCGUUAAACCCCAACACCACCAAACUCUCAGCCCUCAAAUGAUUUUUCUCUUUCAAUCUCCUUAUUUUUCAUGAAAAUCCCAAUUCCCCGUAACCCAUGCGGUGCUGGUUUUCUGUAAAUCGCUAGGGCUCUUUUCCUGGUAUUUGACAGUCUCAAAGCCCAAGCAUGAUAAACGCUUCAAGGCACCUCAAGCACAUUUUCCAAUACCACAAGACAAAACCGUGCUCUUCUUUGGCAAUUCCUCGGUUUAGAAAUCAUAUUCCCUUCAUAGGAAGCAGACUUUACCGGUACAAUCUACUUGCAACACAGGCAUCUCCUGAAGAGGAAGUGACAGCCGAGGUCUUAAAUCAAAUUCUUACCACCAUAGAAAAUGCUCCAAAGCCGAAUGGGGAAAUUUGUACUGCUUAUGUUGAUAAGCUGUGUGAAGCUGGAAAUCUUUCUGCUGCCGCUAGAUUACUUCAAUCCUUACGUGAUAAACACAAUUUUCGUAGCCCUAAAGCGUAUAAUCUCUUAUUAGGGGCAGCGAGUGAAAGGCAUGACAUUGAACUUUUGUCUCAAGUUUUCAAAGAUUUAUUGGUAUCUCAGGGAUCCUUGAGUUCAACCUCUUAUCUUUAUGUCGCAAAGGCUUUUGCAAAGACAAGUGAUGGUAUACAGCUACUCAGAUUUGUCAAAGAAGUGUCAGCAAUGACAUCUCCAAGCGCAACUGUUAUAAACAGAAUUAUAUUUGCGUUUGCUGAAUGUGGGCAGGUUGAUAAGGCCCUUCUGAUAUAUGAUCUGAUUAAGAGUCUAAGUUGUAAACCAGAUUUAAUUACAUAUAAUACCAUUUUGGAUAUUUUGGGUCGUGCAGGACGCACUGAUGAAAUGCUCCAUGAGUUUGCCUCCAUGAAAGGAGCUGGAAUUGUCCCAGAUUUUGUUUCCUACAAUACAUUAUUAAACAACUUGCGGAAAGUAGGUAGAGUAGAUUUAUGCUUAGUAUAUUUCAGGGAUAUGGGUGAGAAUGGAGUUGAACCAGAUUUGCUUACUUAUACUGCAUUGAUUGAGAGCUUUGGUCGAUCAGGAAACAUUGAGGAAUCUAUAAGACUUUUCAAGGAGAUGAAGCUGAGGCAGAUCCGUCCUUCUAUCUAUGUUUAUCGAUCACUAAUCAAAAAUUUAAAGAAGAUUGGGAAGUUGGAGUUGGCGAUGAAAUAUUUGGAGGAAAUGAAUUCAUGUCUUACAGAUCUUGCUGGUCCAAAUGAUUUUAAACGGAGAAGAAGGUAGUUGCUCACUCAAAGGGCUCCAGGGUCUGCGGUCAUUGAUUAGUUCAAGCUUAGAUAUGUUGGGCAGGUCUUUGGUGUUGCAGUUGAUGUUGGUAUGUAAUUCUGCUCUGUCCAAAGGUAACUGGGGGCGGUGAUUCCUUUGGUGACAACUGUGAUCUUGCAGAUUAUUUUUCAAAGUACCCAGAAAAUGCUUAGGGAUGAACAUGGCAGCCUUGUUCAUCUGACUAGCUUAUGUGGAACUUGUGGUGGAAACCUGGGUUGCUAUUUCAAAAUCCGUUGCGAUUUCUUAACAUGCUUCUAAAUGGUAGACACCAUCUGAAGAGGAUCAGCUGCCACCACUGAUUCAAGGUUUAAGGGCAGAGCAUGCUGUAUGGAAGGAUCUGAUUACAAAGUCAUUGCCUCUGCAUAGACUUUUUCUUGGUUGAACCGUUGCGGAUGAAUCAUUCCCAAGGUUUAGAAGCUGGGUGUUCAUUGAAUAUGGUUAACUAGCAGGUCAUUGUCAUUAUAGAGCGGGCUACGUGGUUCAUAUCUUACCACGCACCAAAACAAAAUGCCACAGCAGGUAAUACUUUAGGCUUUCACACGGUUCACUGAGUGGCUAUUCCAGCUGUUGGUCUGAUGGCCCUUUGUUAAAGCACUUGAAAUGGAGUAAUGGACCAUUACUUUUUGGUUUGAGCCUCGCUAAAGUGUACAAUGUUAGUGUUGUAUUGGUUUAUUCAUUUGUUAUCUGAAUUGGAAUUUUGUAAUGCAAAUGGAGCCACUGAUUCAUUAUAUACAA